CCUGAGCCGCGCCGAACCGAGCCGAGCCGAGCGCCCGCCGCUCGCUCCCUUGCGGUACCGCAGCGCCCGGUCCGGCCGGGCGAAGCGGAGCGGCCCAGAGGGAGCCAGUCUGCGCUUAACACGGGGGAAGACGAUGAAGUUGUAGAGAUGCUUCCCUACGUGAUUGCCACGCUGGGCUCAGCAGGGGCCACCUGCAAAGCCUCCACAUGCAGCAACAGCACCAAGGACUACUGCUACAGCGCCCGCAUCCGCAGCACUGUGCUGCAGGGGCUGCCCUUCGGCGGUGUGCCCACCGUCCUAGCCCUCGACUUUAUGUGCUUUCUUGCACUGUUAUUUGUCUUUUCAAUUCUGCGUAAAGUUGCUUGGGAUUAUGGACGUCUGGCCCUAGUGACUGAUGCUGACAGGCGCCGCCGCCGGCAGACGCAGCGAGAGGAGCGGGAAUACGUAGCCUCCGCCCUGCACUCUGACAACCACGACCGCUACGAACGCCUCACCUCCGUCUCCAGCUCCGUGGACUUCGACCAGAGGGACAAUGGUUUCUGCUCCUGGCUGACAGCCAUCUUCAGAAUAAAGGAUGACGAGAUCCGAGACAAGUGUGGGGGUGAUGCCGUGCACUACCUGUCCUUCCAGAGGCACAUCAUCGGGCUGCUUGUGGCUGUGGGGGUGCUCUCUGUGGGCAUCGUCCUACCUGUCAACUUCUCAGGGGACCUGCUAGAAAACAACGCCUACAGCUUUGGGAGGACAACUAUUGCUAACCUGAACUCUGGGAAUAACCUGCUGUGGCUGCACACAUCUUUCGCCUUCCUGUACCUGCUGCUGACAGUGUACAGCAUGCGCCGGCACACCUCCAAGAUGCGCUACAAAGAGGAUGAUUUGGUUAAGCGAACUCUCUUCAUCAAUGGGAUCUCAAAAUAUGCUGAGCCAGAGAAGAUCAAGAAGCAUUUUGAGGAGGCCUACGCCAACUGCACCGUCCUGGAGGCACGUCCCUGCUAUGAUGUGGCCCGACUGAUGUUCCUUGACGCAGAGAGGAAGAAAGCUGAGCGUGGGCGAAUCUACUUCACCAAUCUGCAGAGCAAGGAGAACACCCCAUCCAUGAUCAACCCCAAGCCUUGUGGCCACCUGUGCUGCUGUGUCAUCAGGGGCUGUGAGGAGGUGGAGGCCAUUGAAUACUAUACCAAGCUGGAGGAAAAGCUCAAAGAUGACUACAAGCGGGAGAAGGAGAAGGUGAAUGAAAAACCUCUGGGAAUGGCCUUUGUCACCUUCCACAAUGAGACCAUCACAGCCAUAAUCCUCAAGGAUUUUAACGCUUGUAAGUGCCAGGGCUGUGCAUGCCGUGGGGAGCCCAGGGCCUCCUCCUGCAGUGAGUCCCUCCACGUCUCCAACUGGACUGUCAGCUAUGCUCCCGACCCACAGAACAUCUACUGGGAACACCUCUCCAUCCGGGGCUUCAUCUGGUGGAUCCGCUGCCUUGUGAUCAAUGUGGUCCUCUUCAUCCUUCUGUUCUUCCUCACCACUCCUGCUAUCAUCAUCACCACUAUGGACAAGUUCAAUGUUACCAAGCCCGUGGAGUACCUCAAUAACCCCAUCAUCACCCAGUUCUUCCCAACCCUGCUGCUGUGGUGCUUCUCUGCUCUGCUCCCCACCAUCGUGUAUUACUCUGCCUUCUUCGAAGCGCACUGGACCAGGUCUGGGGAGAACAGGACAACCAUGCACAAGUGUUACACCUUCCUCAUCUUCAUGGUCUUGCUGUUGCCAUCGCUGGGCCUGAGCAGCUUGGAUGUGUUUUUCCGCUGGUUGUUUGACAAGAAAUUCCUUGCCGAAGCCGCUGUGCGAUUUGAGUGUGUGUUCCUGCCAGACAACGGGGCCUUCUUCGUCAACUACGUGAUCGCGUCUGCGUUCAUUGGGAACGCCAUGGACCUGCUGCGCAUCCCUGGCCUGCUCAUGUACAUGAUCCGCCUCUGCCUGGCCCGCUCGGCUGCCGAGCGCAGGAACGUCAAACGGCACCAGGCCUACGAGUUCCAGUUCGGGGCUGCUUAUGCCUGGAUGAUGUGCGUCUUCACUGUGGUGAUGACAUACAGCAUCACCUGCCCUAUCAUCGUCCCUUUUGGACUCAUGUACAUGCUGCUUAAGCACCUGGUGGACCGAUACAACCUGUAUUACGCUUACCUGCCUGCCAAGCUGGACAAGAAGAUCCAUUCAGGGGCUGUGAACCAGGUGGUGGCAGCUCCCAUCCUCUGCCUCUUCUGGCUCCUCUUCUUCUCCACCAUGCGCACAGGGUUCCUGGCGCCCACUUCCAUGUUCACCUUUGUGGUCCUCGUGAUCACUAUUGUGAUCUGCCUGUGUCACGUCUGCUUCGGGCACUUCAAAUACCUCAGCGCUCACAACUACAAGAUUGACCACACGGAGGUGGAUACCAUAGAAAACCGGCAGAACGGGAGGCCUGCCACCAGUCUGCCAGCUCCCAAAUCAGCUCAGAAGUACAUCGCCCAAGUGCUGCAGGACUCCUCUCCCGAGGGCGAAGCCACCGAGUCAGAGGAGCAGGGCUCUCAGGACGAGGAGCUCAUCAACGCUGAUGGCAUGAACGACACUGAUUUCCAGUCAUGUGAGGACAGCCUGAUAGAAAAUGAGAUCCACCAGUAGGGACCUCGGCAGCGGGUGGGAGGGGAGGGCAGCGGGCAGGCUGUGCGCACCCACCCCUGGGGAGAGGCACCCCGGGGGCUGCCCCUGCCCAGUGCUGCUGCUGCUGCCCUGGGAAGGUGGGGCGGAGGUCCCGUCACAUGCUCCCCAUCCCCUGCCCCUCCACCCCUGUGCCAGCCAGCAGCUCAGCAGGCAUGCUCUGUACUAGCUGCCUUCCUUAGCGUGCCCAGGGCUCAGGAGGCAGCUCAGCAGCCGUGCUCUGUACUAGCUGCCUUCCUUAGCGUGCCCAGGGCUGGGGAUGAGGGGGAUGGUGACCUCCAAGUUGCUGCUGCAGACCUGCACGAAGGAGGAAGGCUGGGUGCUUUGUGGGGAGGGGCACAGGGGGAACCUUUAGGGUCUUCUCAGCAGGCACCCCCGUCCUCCAUCCUCCUGGUGAGAAACACUAAUAAUUUAUUAGAUGUACAGGAAAGUGACAAAUGAAAAGCUUUAGUCAGUGUAUUGGAAGCCCCACCUAGGGAGGGGGUUGGCUUUUGUUGCACAUUCUCCCCAUACGUGCCCAUUGUCAACCACUUGCAGCAUCCACCUGGUGUGCUGUGUCAGGAGCUGGGCCAGGCAGCAGAGGGGUGAGAGAACUUUCUCCCCUCCCUGCCACAGGGAAGGUGACAGCCUGGCCUCGUGGUCAGGGUUGACAUCACCCUGUGGAAGGGGCACAUGGUUGGCAUGAGCUGGGCAGCCCCUUGCAGGGUGAGGGGUGUCAAGGACAUUUCUCAUGUGCAGAAAGAGGCGCAGGCAGCCUCUCCCCCAGGUCCUGUCCUCUCUUCCACCAGGGCCACAGGCAAGGGCUUGCAGCAUCAUUUUAAGUGGCAUGUCUUUUUGCACAUUUUACUCCCCCUUCAAGCAGAAAUCAAACUGACCCCCAUAUGGUACUGUGCCCCCCUUUGCUGCCCUGUGUCUGCACAGCAGGGUCAGGCCUGGGGGUGGGGAGGCUGUGCUGGGAGCCUCCUGGGUGCUAUAGGGAGAAGGGGAGAAAGGGUCUGAGACUGCAGGCCCUUGGCAUCCUGUGGGGUUGGUGCUGCCUGGUUGCAAUGGGUCCCCAUGGCCUGCCUUCACUGAGCUGCCAUGGGCUCUUCACUGGGCUGAGGCGGUUGGAGCUGGGAGAGUCCUGGGAGAGCAGCCACUGAGAGCCCUCUCCCAGCAAGCCCAACAUCUUGAGGAGCACAAAAGCCUUGUGGUCUGUGCUAGGUUUCUUCAGCUCCCCUGACUGGGUAUAGGCUCCUCUGGCAUCAUUCAUCCUGAGAGGGGGCUAUUCCUCCCCUACCUCUGCCCCUGGCCCCUCCCUGGUGAUAAUAGCUGUGUUCCAGAGGCAAUGAGGGGACAGGGUCAAUGGGAGAAGUGCACUGGAACCCCUGGCCUCUGCAGGGACAUCUGACCCUGUUUGAAGGCUCUUUAUGAGGAGGUUUCUGGUCAGGAUCAGUCACCCUCAAUUGCUUCCCCCUCCCUUUGUGUAAAAUGUAAAGGAAAAUAAUAAAUCUCCCUGCUAUUGAGCUAUA